UUUGGCCCAGGCCCCGUCCAUGGCCGCCCUUGGGACCCUGCUCUGAGCCCCGGAGGCCCCGGCAUCCGGGGCCGCGCCACUCCCAAGGGCAGAAGGUGUGUCAGGAUCCCAAGGACCGCCGUGGGGGCGCGAGCGCCGGCCAGGCUGACAUGAGGCGGAGGCUGCGCCUACGCCGAGAAGCGUUGCUCACGCUGCUCCUCGGCGCCACCCUCGGCCUCCUGCUCUACGCGCAGCACGAAGGCGCGGUCCCGACGACAAGCGCGCCGCGAGCACAAGGGAGGGUGGCGCCGGGGCCCAAGCCCGGGCUCCGUGUAUUUCAGGCCCCGGACACGGGUGCAGCCCCUCCGGCCUACGAAGGGGAUACGCCGGAGCCGCCCACACCCACGGGACCGUUUGACUUCGGCCGCUAUCUGCGCGCCAAGGACCAGCGGCGCUUCCCUCUCCUCAUUAAUCAGCCGCACAAGUGCCAAGGAAAAGGCGCGUUCCCCCGCGGACCCGACCUGCUCAUCGCCGUCAAGUCGGUGGCGGCGGACUUCGAGCGGCGCCAGGCCGUGCGCCAGACGUGGGGUGCUGAGGGGCGCGUGCAGGGGGCGCUAGUGCGCCGGGUGUUCUUGUUGGGCGUACCCAGGGGCACAGGCACAGUCGGGGGUGAGGCGGAAGCGGGCACUCAAACGCACUGGAGCGCCCUGCUGCGUGCCGAGAGCCGCGCGUAUGCGGACAUCCUGCUCUGGGCCUUCGACGACACUUUCUUCAACCUAACGCUCAAGGAGAUCCACUUUCUGGCCUGGGCCUCCGCCUACUGCCCCGACGUGCGCUUCGUUUUUAAAGGCGACGCCGACGUGUUCGUGCACGUGGGAAACCUGCUGGAGUUCCUGGCGCCGAGGGACCCGGAGCAGGACCUGCUUGCAGGUGACGUGAUCGUGCAGGCGCGGCCAAUCCGCGUGCGGGCCAGCAAGUACUACAUCCCGGAGGCUGUGUACGGCCUGCCAGCCUACCCGGCCUACGCAGGUGGCGGCGGCUUCGUGCUCUCGGGGGCCACGCUGCGCCGCCUGGCCAGUGCCUGCGCGCAGGUUGAGCUUUUCCCCAUCGACGACGUCUUUCUGGGCAUGUGUCUACAGCGCCUGCGCCUCACGCCUGAACCUCAUCCUGCUUUCCGCACUUUUGGCAUCCCUCGACCUUCAGCCGCACCGCACCUCCACACCUUCGACCCCUGCUUUUAUCGCGAGCUGGUUGUAGUGCACGGGCUCUCAGCUGCUGACAUCUGGCUUAUGUGGCACCUGCUGCAUGGGCCGAACAAGCAAGCCUGUGCGCGUCCAUGGCCUGUUCCUGCUGGCCCUUUCCAGUGGGGCCCCUAGCCUCCUAUCACAGCUCUAAACCCCCCUCAUUCAGACCCAGGAUAUAAGUGGGAGGUAGCUUGAAGGGUAGGUUUUCCAGGCGAGUUAGUGCUGUGUAUGUGGUUCUUCCCCAUAAAGGGGUAUCCAGGUGUCUGCCUUCAGAAGGUCCAGGGAAUGAAGACUGAGCUUGGCUCCUGCUGACCCUCUCUACUGGGCCGUGAUCUGGAACCAAUCUAAUGGUGGCACUUUUGAGAUAGCCAGGGCUGAAGUGGUGAAGAACCAGGCUCUUGGCCAAGCAGGUGAAUAUGCUUGGUCCUCCUAGCAGGGAUGUGUGAGUGUAUGUAUGGGGGGAGGGGUGGCGGCAGAGGCUCAUGAAGUCUGACCAUGCUCCUUAGUUCAGAACCCCUAGAGUGAUGCCAACAAAUGCAGGUCUUUCUCAAAGCUGGACCCCACAGCGAGGGGUAAAGGGCCUGGCCUCAGUCCUCAUGGAACCAGCAGCCAUUCUGCCACAACUCAGUCUGAAAGUAGGUGUUUUGCUUCCUAUCUGCCCCUCCAGUUUGCAAAUUGGUCUUAGCCCUGUCUAGGUCUUUAGAUCUUCUUUCCUGGGGCCAGCCCCUCCUAAGCCCUGGACUAGGUGGAACACCUGGGAUGGAGGCACACAGACUGGGCACACUGUCCUACCUGAAGUCUCCCCCCACCUCCAGCUACCCACUGGAGAACCUACACCCAUGCAACUAUACCAGUCUCCCACUGGAGUCUGUGCUGCCCCCUUCAGAGAAACCAAGGAACCUCUUCUAAGAUGAUUUCAGCUGUAAAAUUCCCCAUCUUCUUCAACCACCCCCUUUCUCAAAAACAAACAAACCAACAAAAAAACACCAAUGCCUCCAGGCUUAGUUUAGUACAAACAUCCCAGCAUCAGCACAUGGGUAGCUGUUGCUGAGGGCACAGGUCUUUAUUGGAGGAGGGGUAUGGAUAGGGCAUGAGGAAGAUUCCCCCAUUCUAGGAGGAUGGGAAGAGUCCUGGCUGCCCCACAGUGGGAUGUGUGGGGGUCUCUGGCCAGGCCACCAUCCACACGGGAAGACACUAAUCAGUCACGAAGUCAUGGGAACGUCACACAAGAGCCCGGGGCUGGUCCCCCGCACAUUCAUUGUUAAACUAUACAGAAUGAGGCUGUACAUGAAUUAAUUACAAAAGAGUCAUAUUUACAAAAAUAUGUACACACAUUUGAAAAACCUCACAAAAUUGUCAUCUAUGUAUCACAAGUUGCUAGACCAAAAUAUU